ACGUAAGAGGAAAUGACCCCGGAAGUAAAUGGGGAGGGGGAAAGUUUUUGUAGGGAGAAGAAAUUUGGCGUGAGAGCGCCAUUAAAGAAAAGAAGACGACGACAAAGUUGACAAAGCUGUGUUGUGUGUUCCUGACACUUCUCCUCUCCAUCUUCCUGAUGUUUCACACUUCUGCUCUCCAUGACUGCGCGCGUGUGUGUGUUGUACUUCGCUAAGAGCGGCGAGCUCAGCGGACUGAAGGAGGAGGUGCUUCAAGUGUCCACGCCCAUCAGCGGCCUUGACCUUUGGACCCUGUUGCUACGGCAACACCCCAGACUGAGCGCGCUCCAAGGUCACGUGGUGCUGGCACUGAGACAAGAGUACGUGGCCAUCGACCAGCAGCUGCUGACGCUGCGAGACGGAGACGAGCUGGCCGUGGUGCCGCCGCUCAGCGGAGGAUAGUUGUGUGACAACCCUUUCU